UUCUGGAGAAGGCCAAGCUGGACCCACGGGUCACCGCUUCCUGCCUCACCAGGCCAGUGCCUCCCCACCUCUCACCCUAGCUCUUCUCCCACCCGCUCCCCUGCCCACUUCACGUGCCAGGCCCUUGCCUGGGCACCUGAGUCCUGCCUGCCGACACCCAAGCUCCCUCUAAGCUGCAGGCCUCCUCUCCUCCCUCUUCCUCUCCAGCUGCAGCCAUGAAGGGCAUCUCAGGGCCACAGGAGGUUCAGAGGCCUGGUGCAGACAUCCACGUGUUUGCUAGCAGCUGCACGCUGCAUGGCCUGGGCCACGUCUUCCGUCCCGGUGGCCUUACCCCACGCCGUGGGCUGUGGGCCUUGGCUGUGCUCCUGUCGCUGGCAGCCUUCCUCUACCAGGUGGUGGAGCGGGUCCGCUACUAUGGGGAGUUCCACCACGAGACUGUCCUGGACGAGCGUGAGAGCAACCGGCUCACCUUCCCUGCUGUCACCCUCUGCAACAUCAACCCACUGCGCCGCUCCCGUCUCACACCCAACGACCUGCACUGGGCCGGCCCUGCGCUGCUGGGCCUGGACCCUGCCGAGCACGCCGCCUUCCUACGAGCCCUGGGCCGGCCGCCCGCGCCGCCCGGCUUCAUGCCCAGCCCCACCUUCGACAUGGCACAGCUCUAUGCCCGUGCCGGCCACUCACUUGAUGACAUGCUGCUGGACUGCCACUACCGAGGAGAGCCUUGUGGGCCCGAGAACUUCACCAUGAUCUUCACCCGGAUGGGACAGUGCUACACAUUCAACUCUGGUGCUGGCGGGGCAGAGCCACUCACCACUUCCAAAGGUGGUGCUGGCAACGGCCUGGAUAUCUUGCUGGAUGUGCAGCAAGAAGAGUAUCUGCCAGUGUGGAAGCCCACGGAUGACACCCCCUUUGAGGUGGGGAUCCGAGUGCAGAUCCACAGCCAGGAAGAGCCUCCGGUCAUCGACCAGCUGGGCUUUGGGGCAGCCCCAGGGUACCAAACUUUUGUGUCCUGUCAGAAGCAGCAACUGAGCUUCCUGCCGCCGCCCUGGGGCGACUGCAGUUCCACAUCUAUGGAUCCCGACUUGGAGGAACCCUCUGAUCUCCUGGAUCCCCCCAGCCCCAUUGCCAACCCCAGCCCUCCCUACAGCCUAAUGGGAUGUCGCAUGGCCUGUGAGGCCCGCUAUGUGGCUCGAAAGUGUGGGUGUAGGAUGAUGCAUAUGCCAGGCAGCGCACCCGUGUGCAGCCCCCAGCAGUACAAGGACUGUGCGGACCCAGCCCUGGAUGCCGUGGUGCGGAAGGAAACGUGUGCCUGCCCCAAUCCAUGCGCCCUCACGCGCUACGCCAAGGAGCUCUCCAUGGUGCGGCUUCCAAGCCGGGCUGCUGCCCGCUACCUGGCCCGGAAGUUCAACCGCAGCGAGGCCUACAUCGUAGAGAAUGUGCUUGCCCUUGACAUCUUCUUUGAGGCCCUCAACUAUGAGACAGUGGACCAGAAGAAGGCCUAUGAGAUGUCGGAGCUGCUCGGCGACAUCGGGGGCCAGAUGGGGCUCUUCAUUGGAGCCAGCCUGCUCACCAUCCUAGAGAUCCUAGACUUCCUCUGUGAGGUGUUCCAGGACAGGGUGCUGGGGUACUUCUGGAACCGAAGGCGCUCCCAAAGGCACUCCCGCACCAAUCUGCUUCAGGAAGGCCUGGCUGGCCACAGGACCCACGUUCCUCACCUCAGCCACAGAAGCCUCUGGUGUCUCCCCAGGCCUCCCAUACCAUCCUGCGCUGUCACCAAGACGCUCUCGGCCUCCCAGCGCACCUGCUACCUGGUCACCCGACUCUAGACCUGCAGUCCAGGGGCUCAGGGCCACACCCCCACCUCCCACACACUGGC